AUGCCUCCUCGUCAUCGCGAAAAGGGGUUAGCGGUGCCAGAAGAGAUUUACGGAUCUGAAGUAAAUUUGUUGUAUCGGUUCAGUCAAGAAAUGCCUUACGAUGUGGGUCCUGAUGAUAGUUGUACCGGUUGUGGUGCAUUCAGGUGGAAAAUUGAGCGGCGUCAAUCAGACGCAAAUCGUUCUCGAGCUUCUUUUCGCAAUUGCUGCAAGCAUGGGGCAAUUGAUCUCCCUCUUCGUUAUUUUCCUGCCGAUGUUGGUGAACAAAUUCCCCAAUUCUUUUGUGACCUACUGAGUGGGCGUGAUAGACUGUUGUGA